CAGCCAGGCCAUUUGUACCGAGGACACGUUAGUACCACACUAGAAGCAGUGCAAGGAAGAUAACAUCACAUAAAGUCUUGCCUGUGAACACUAUGGCGAUUGGUAGCGUUAUAAGAGCGCCUGUCACAUGUGAACUUGCUGCAUUUCAAGGUAGUGCAGCAGCCAAACAGCCUACUUCUACCAAAAUUCAAGACAGACCAAUUUGCUGGAUGCGAUCACCACUAUGUUUAUGCCAGCGAGCAUGGAGAUCUUUUGUGAGCACAAACAAAAUUGUGUAUGUCAAAAGAGUUGUGGAGUUCCUGACAAGCUUGGCUCCAUUAACGACGCUUACAAUCAUAUUGUUUUUGUGUUAUUACUCACAUCAGCUUCUGGAAGCUAACAAUACAAAUACAGUUGUGGUGUAUUUCUUCUGUAUUGAGUUGUUUGGCAACUGGCUUUUAUUUUUUUUCAACAAAAGUUAUAUUGACAAGUCAUCAGGAAACAGUGAGCUAGCACCCGGUUUAUCACACGAUGAUUGCAAACAGCUGCGCUACUGUCCAACUUGCAAAAUAUAUAAACCAGAGAGAAGCCAUCACUGCUCACUCUGUGAUCGCUGCAUCCACCAGCGAGAUCACCAUUGCUUCUUCCUUGGAACCUGUGUGGGAGGCUACAAUUUAUGUUACUUUAUAUUCUUCUGUUUUUAUGCUUGUAUUGGGUGCAUCUACGCGGCAAUUUUACUUCAUGGAUACUACUCAGGGACAUACUUAAGAUCAUUUUGGUCCUCUCAAUUCCUCUACUACUUUUACCCCGUGACGUUAAUCAUGUGGAUGUGUGGAAAAGCUGACUUAGCUGAGGUUGGAUGGGUCACAUUACUCUACAUAGCUUCAGCAACAGUUGUUUUUACUGGCUUCUGUGUUAUACAACAGUUGAUCUACGUUCUAAGAGGUCAGACUGCUUAUGAAUAUAACAAGGGUCUACUCAUGGUGCACCGGUCAGCAUUCCACAAUUUUCUGCAUGUUUUUGGCCGCUACUGGAUCCUGCACCUCCUCAUCCCCUUCCCACGUCGUCGCACUAUCACAGAUCCAAGGAGCUUUCUCAAAAUUGUCUGAGACUUUGGAAAUUGCACUCUGUGUUUGGUGUUAGUUUGUGAUAAAGGAUGCAAAGUAUUAUUUGUUCUUGAGCAUUUUUGUAAAUAUAUGUACAUUUACACAAUAUGUCUGCAGAGAACACUCGCAGAGUGUAUUUCUCACAUGGAAAUAUAACCAAGCAGACAAACACAACAACACAUACACAUAGACAAACAAACACUUAUGCAUUUAUGGAUUCACACACAUGCACAUGCACAUCAAUAUAAAUACAUCAACUUAUAUAUGCAGUUAUACAAUGUUUAGAUAUUUAUUAAAGGUAUACUAACUAUUGUUUGUAGGCAGUUAUGAUCUUAAUUUUUUGCAGUGAUAUAUUUAUGAUUAAAUGGAUAAUUGUAACUGAUAACUAUUCCAUUUUGUCAAACCAGCUUUGAUUCAUAACAGUUCUCUAUUGUUGGAUAAAAAUGCAGAUUGUGCUUGCAAUAAUAAGCUUGAUUGACAAUGUGGUCUAUGAAAUGUAUUUUUCAUGAUGUUAUUUUAUGUUGUAAAUUGUAGAUCAUUGUUUAGAUACUAUAGUAAGCAGUAACCUACUUUGAUAAUCUGUAAAUUGUAAUAUUUGUAAUGAUUAUGUUCUUUUAUGCACAUGUGCACAGUAUGAAGAAAACAAAAUAUGAUAGUGUUGUGUAUAUCAAUUUCAUACAUAUCAUUUGAAUUUCAAAGAUGUAUAUACAUUUAUGAUGAAUAACAUGACACAGGUUGUCAAAAUAUUUUGGAUUAAGGAUAGACGUAAGAUUUCUAAGACACAGAGAUACAGAGAUGCACACAGAUAGAAACAUUGAUACUGUUACACACACACAGAUUUGCAAUCACACACACACACAUGCAUGCACAAACACAGGCACACGCACACUCACUCUCACACUCACUCACUCACUCACUCACUCACUCACUCACUCACUCACUCACUCACUCACAAACACACACACACACACACACACAACAAACACAUGUGCACCCCCACAUAUACAGAUAUGCUCCCCUCACACACACGUGCACAAUCCCACACACCUCACAAAAAAUUGUUUUGCAAAUUCAUUGUACUUUUCUUUCUAUGGUAAUUGAUUAUUAUAUGGGGAUUAUCAGGAAAAUUAAGCUUACUUAACUACCAGAAUCCAGUUCCUAAUAUGAAAAUAAUGCUUGUUGAAAUAUGUCUUACAGAUUUAUAUAAGACAUUUGAGACUUGUUUUAUACUUUCUAGUCAUAUAUUGUGAUUUGUCCAAGAUGAACAGUAUAUCAAAAGUUCAAUAUUAUAGGUUGAGAAUCCCAUAUCUGAAAUAUUGAAAAGCAAUAGUCACACAGAAAAGUGACAACUAUUAUGCAAUAAUGAUGAGCCAUUUGCUCUGUGAGUGGUUUGUUGGAAGAACCAGAAGAUUUUGACCCAAUCAGAGCCAAAUUGAUGGCUGAUGCAAGUUAUCUUCACAGCACUCCUUAAGCCUGCAGUACAAAGAUUCCUGUCCAAGAUUUUUUUUCUAAUAAUGAUAAUUUAUUUGUCUCACUGUAAUUAUGUUUAUUCAUCCUGGCAUUUACCCAAGGUAAUGAAUUAGGUUUAACCGAGAAAUGAUAAAAAAAGUCCUAAAUUAUUUCAGAUUUAGGAUUCUUACCCUGUGUCAGAUUUUCUCAGUGGUUUCUCUUAUUUUUACCCAUUUACUGUAGUUAAUGAAGAUAUGUAUACAUAUGAAAAAUAUGUAUAUAUGUUUGCACGUCUACAUAAUGAAAGAAAUUUGUAUUUUGUGUGCCAGAUUAAAAUUGAUUUUGUAUUUUCAGAAAUUGAUCAUAGACUUGUACAUAAGGGAAAGUUUUGUAUUGCAUGAUUACCCCUUUUCUUUUUGAUAUUGUACUAUUUACUCCACAUGAAAUAUGAAUAAUACAAAAAGCUCACUCAUGUGAAUCUGAAAUGUAAGAUGAUUAGGUGAACGUGUAUGUUGAUUUGUGGUGUAAAGUGCGGUGAAAGCUAUAUUGUGCUGUUAAUUAAUUCCUGAGUGAGAAAAUAAAAUUUAGAUAAAUAACAUUUGCAAUAUUACAACCAAAUGAUCAAUUAGAUUGGUUAUAUUAAUUUUGCUGUUUAUAUUCAUAUUAGGGUUAUAAUCUUUCGUGGGACUAAACUACACUUAUUAUCUGCUUCUUUGGUUCAUCUUCACACCAAUCCAAAGAAUAAAGGAAAAGAUAAAUAAAAAUUAUAACCCCAGGUAAUUGCAGAGCUGUUGCUAAUGCCAAAGCACUAGCUUAGGUGGCCUAUGGUAUUUUAUUCAGGAAUAUCAAGUUUUAUAUGAAUGAUGGAGAUAGAGCAGGUUUACAGUUAUGUUAUAUAUCAUGGGUAAUUGCUAUUUAUGCAUUACCUACAGAAUAUGUAUGUAUAUAUAUGUAUAUACACACACACAUGCUCACACACACACACACCAACACAC